AUUCUGUCAAAUUCAGUUCACGGAUAAAGUUUGCGGAAAAAUGAAAACAAUGAAAAUUUAGAAGUAAAAUAAAAUAUUGUUAGUUACUUGGGUUGUGGUCAAACAAGUGAACAAUAAAUUUAUGUGUAUAAAGUGCGAAGCAAACAGUUUACGAAAGUUGAGUUGAAAACCACGGGAGCUCUGCAAACAUGAGUGAAUUCGAAGCAGCAGGGGUUAAUACAAAUAUCCUGACCCCGAGCACGGGCCAGGGGUCCUUUAAUUGUGUUGACAGCAACGCUGAUAGUGCACGCAAUAGUCCGCAAAGAAGUUCAAAAACCCCUGAUAGCCAGGAAAAAAUAGAAAUUACUCACAUCAAACAGAUCCGCCUGCCUAUUGAGGGCAUGACUUGCCAGAGUUGCGUAAGGACUAUUGAGGGCACGAUAUUAGGGAAGCCAGGCAUUCUAAAUGUGCAUGUGGUUCUAGAAGAGAGUGCUGGUUAUUUUGACUACAAUCCAGAAAUAACAGAUCCGCCUAAAAUCGCCUUUGAAAUAGAAGAAAUGGGAUUCGACUGUCCAUAUAAAGCUGCAGACGAAACCGUAGAAAAGGCUGCGGGUGGGAGCAUAGCUUGUAGUUCUAAAACACAAAUACGCAUCAUUGGUAUGACUUGCAACUCGUGCGUUCGCAACAUUGAAGGAAACAUAGGUACGAAGCCUGGUGUUUUAAAAAUUUGUGUAACUUUAGAGGAUAAGCGAGCUACGGUGGAGUAUGAUUCCACCCGAUUGACGCCUAGAGAAAUUGCUGAAAUGAUUGACGACAUGGGCUUUGAAGCAAGCGUAUGUGCUGAAGCUAACGCUGGUGACGUAGGAGUUAGUACACCCAAACACACACCAAAGCGUAGUUCAACACCCCCGCUGAAGCAACAGGUGUCAAAUGGAUCUCCUGCAAACGCCUCCCCAAAGGCCCACGCAAUGGUUUCCGUUGACGAGGCAUUAUCGAAAUGCUUUCUGCAUAUACGUGGCAUGACGUGUGCCAGUUGUGUAGCAACCAUUGAGAAACACUGCAGAAAGAUUUAUGGAUUAGAUAGUAUACUUGUGGCGCUGUUAGCCGCCAAGGCAGAGGUGAAGUACAAUGCCAAUGAAGUGACUGCUGAAAAUAUUGCCAAAUCAAUAACGGAGCUGGGAUUUCCAUCGGAAAUUAUUGAUGAACCGGGAAGUGGGGAGUCAGAGGUAGAAAUUGAAAUUGCGGGUAUGACCUGUGCUUCCUGUGUAAACAAAAUCGAGACGCAUGUACGGAAAGUGAAAGGUGUUUCAGCAGCUGCAGUAACAUUAAUGACUCAAAGAGGAAAAUUCCGAUAUAAUACCGAGUUGACUGGCCCGCGCAGCAUAUGCGAGGCUAUCGAACAGCUGGGCUUCACGGCACGUCUGCUCAAUGGCAAAGACAAAAUGACGCACGACUACCUGCAACACAAGGAAGAGAUUGCCAAAUGGCGCAAUGCCUUCUUGGUAUCUUUGAUAUUUGGAGGGCCCUGUAUGGUUGCCAUGAUCUAUUUCAUGGUCGAAAUGGGAGACAAGGGACAUGCAGCGAUGUGUUGUUUGGUUCCCGGUUUGUCGAUGGAGAAUCUGGUAAUGUUUUUGCUCUCCACUCCAGUACAGUUCUUCGGGGGUUGGCAUUUUUACGUGCAGUCCUUUCGCGCAAUCCGUCACGGUACCACAAACAUGGAUGUGCUAAUUUCAAUGGUCACUACGAUAUCCUAUCUCUACUCUGUGGCGGUGGUCAUAGCAGCUGUGUUAAUGGAACAAAACUCCUCACCCUUAACAUUCUUCGACACGCCUCCUAUGUUGCUGAUUUUCAUAUCCCUGGGUCGCUGGUUGGAGCAUAUUGCUAAGGGGAAGACAUCCGAGGCUCUUUCGAAACUGUUAUCAUUGAAGGCGGCUGAGGCGCUGCUGGUCGAUGUGACUCCUGACUUCGAUAUAAAAUCGGAAAAGGUUAUACCGGUAGACUACGUACAGCGAGGCGACAUUCUCAAGGUUAUACCGGGUGCAAAGGUGCCGGUGGACGGUAAAGUUCUUUAUGGUCACUCGACUUGCGAUGAAAGCCUCAUCACGGGCGAAUCAAUGCCAGUGGCCAAACGCAAAGGUGCAGUAGUCAUUGGCGGCUCGAUAAACCAAAAUGGCGUGCUACUCAUAUCUGCAACUCACACGGGUGAAAAUACAACCUUGUCACAAAUUGUGCGCUUGGUCGAGGAAGCGCAAACUUCCAAAGCGCCCAUACAGCAGUUGGCCGACCGUAUUGCCGGAUAUUUUGUGCCCUUCGUUGUGGUGGUAUCGACAAUUACGCUUAUCGGUUGGCUGAUAGCUGGCUUCGCUGACCCGAACCUCGUGCCGGUAGCAAUGGAACACAAAAUGCAUAUGGACUCUAACGCAAUUGUCAUUAGUCAUGCCUUCAAAUGCGCUUUGAGCGUACUCGCUAUUGCUUGUCCUUGCGCGUUGGGUCUGGCCACUCCAACUGCGGUAAUGGUAGCCACAGGCACCGGAGCCAUCAACGGUGUGCUGGUCAAAGGUGCUACAGCCUUAGAAAACGCCUACAAGGUAAAAACUAUUGUCUUCGACAAAACCGGUACCAUAACGCACGGCAUGCCAAUGACCUCCAAGCUAAUUAUGUUCGUCAAACCCGCAGUCUGCAGCUUAGCGCGAGCGCUCACCAUCAUUGGCGCUGCUGAGUCCAACAGCGAGCAUCCAAUAGCUUCUGCGAUUGUGCGCUUCUCAAAAGAUGUGCUGGGCUUGCAAACGUUUGGAAAGACACAGAACUUCCUUGCCGUGCCGGGAUGUGGCAUAAAAGUGACCGUUCUGCAGUAUGAGCAGGCGUUGCGUCAGGCUUGCAAUGCAGAGAAAAUUAUUAAUUACGAAAAUAACUACCGUUCCAAUCCCAGCUCCACACACACCGAAAAUGGCGCCAGCAUUGAAGAGCUGAUACCACAGUUACUGACACGCAAAUCCAUGGAGCUUCAGCAGCAACAACAGCUUUUGCAAUUAGAUGAGACCUUACCCUCUGAGGCCGUAUCAACCGUGCUGGGCAGCGAGAUAAAUGUUCUGAUUGGCAAUCGUGAAUGGAUGCAUCGCAACGCCAUAUCGGUGCCAAAUGAAAUCGAUAACUGCAUGAGCGAGGAAGAAACAAAAGGUCACACGGCUGUGCUGUGCGCGUUGAAUGGUCAGCUCAUCUGCAUGUACGGUGUGUCAGACCUAGUCAAGCCUGAGGCGCAUCUAGCUGUUUACACGCUGAAGAAAAUGGGAAUCAAUGUAAUCCUGCUAACGGGUGACAAUGAAAACACUGCUGCAAGUAUAGCGCGCCAGGUUGGCAUUAAACGGAUCUUCGCCGAGGUGUUACCCUCGCACAAAGUGGCCAAAAUUCAGCUCAUACAAGAAAGCGGUGCCCGUGUCGCGAUGGUUGGCGACGGUGUCAAUGACAGCCCCGCUCUGGCUCAAGCCGACGUUGGCAUCGCUAUUGCGGCAGGCACUGACGUGGCGGCCGAAGCAGCCGAUGUGGUGCUGAUGCGCAACGACUUGCUGGACGUGGUGGCCUGCCUCGACCUGUCGCGCCGCACCGUGCGCCGAAUACGGUACAACUUCCUCUUCGCCAGCAUGUACAACCUUCUCGGCAUACCGCUGGCGUCGGGCAUAUUUGCACCCUUCGGCUUCACGCUGCAGCCGUGGAUGGCGUCAGUGGCGAUGGCAGCCAGCUCGGUAUCAGUGGUCUGCUCAUCUCUAAUGCUAAAAUGGUAUCGCAAACCCUCGGCUGCUUCGUUGCGUACACCCGAGUACAUGAAACUUCUGGCACAAGAGCGCGACAAUGAACUCGAACCCGAUCAGUUGUCAUUGCAUCGAGGCCUGGAAGACUUACCACGCGCUAAGCUAAACCGCUCUAAUAGCUCACUUCUGUCACGAAUAUUCCUACACGGCGGCGAUAGCAUUCGUUACGAUCACAACGAAGGCAGCCUACUGGAAACAGAAGGUCGUGAUUUCUCCCCGAAAAUUGUUAAGUCGAAGAAUAUCCGAAAUGUGACCGAAAUGCAGAAGCUUUAAAGCGAUGAAAGGCAAGUUUUUUGUGAUUGUCCGUAGGUAGUGAAGUG